AUGGAAAGCAAGCGCUUUCGUGAGAGAGCUCAGCAUAAUGGCUGUAGAAAUAGAGACGUGUUCUUCAAAAGAGUAACAAAAGAAGAUGCUGUUAGACUAUCCGAUGGAUACACAACUGGUGGAGGUUUUACAAGCGUUGAUGAAGAAUAUGCGCAAAUCAGAAGGCCGCGGCGAGCACAUUCCCAUUCCCCUCGAAAAAGUCGGCGCGUAGCCCCUUCUCCAAGCUCUCGGCAAAAAUACGAGCAGCGACCAAUGUCACCACUCGCACGACCUACUCGUUCACCUCCAAAACGAAGGCUUUACGAAAGCCAAUGGCCGACGGACUUUGCAAGAGUCGUUCUUACUAGGCUUUUUUUACUCAUUGACAUUGUCGAAAAUCUCAAUCGUCGUAUUCGCAUUCUUUCAGAGCAUCCAAGUAAAAUCACAGCGAGGUUGUCAAUCAUGCGUCGGUUUUGCGGAGACAAUGACGAUCUCGAUCCCAUGGAAAGACAUCGUUACCAAUUUUACGAAUGGAAAAAACCUGUAAAACUUGACUGCUGUGAGGGUCAUUUCUGCGAAAAAUGCUUUUUGGAAGUUAAAGAAAAGCAGCUGUCGACGUGUCCUCUCUGCAGAGCAACAAAUUUUAGCGGAAAACCAUCUAGACUCAUGACAACCCUUUUGGACUCGAUUCAUUUAAAAUGUCCGGCCCCUGAGUGUUCAGAAAGAAUAGUUCAUUCUGAGUUCGAUUCCCACAAAUCAAUCUGUCCAUUUCUCAACAAGAAGAAAUGUCCUUCAUGUUCUAUAGAAAUGAAAGCAGACGAGCAUGAACGACAUGUAGGCUGCAAUGAUCAUCUUUACGCACAAGUUCAAAAAUUGAAGACAAGAGUCCAAGAGUUGGAGAAGACAACGAAGACACAGACGACUAAGAUAGAAAACCAAAGAGAAAGUGUUGCUAUUUUCCAAAGAAAAUAUAACGAGGCCACAGAAAAAUCGAAGAAAAAAGACGCUGAUAUAAAACGACUGAAUAAAAAGAUUGAAUCCAUCAGUAUCGCAAAGGCAAAAGAAAUAAAUUUAUUGAAGGAGAAAUUGGGCAUUCGAGAAGAUGGUAUUCAAAGUCUGACGAAAGAAUUAGCCGAUAAAGAAAGCAGUCCUCGCGAUCAACGACUUAUCAGAAAUCUUCAAGCUGAAAUUCAAGAGCUGAAGAAAACGAACGACAAUCAGGAAACUUGUGCAAAAGUUCAAUUGAAAGAAUAUGAAAACUCCAACGCAAAAUUAAGAGAAGAAAUCAAAAGACUCAAAGAGCAAUUGGAAGAAUGCUCAAGGGCAGCUAAAUAUAAAGAAACAAACGCAAAACAGAAACAAUCUGCUGUUGAAGAUAAAUUGAGAAAAGAAAUUAAGGACUUGAAGCAAUCGUAUUCAUUAUUGAAAGCUAGUCAAAAUCAAAUCAGCGCGCUCUGCUCAUCUAAAACGAAGAAGAUUGAAAAUUUGGAGAAGUUUGCCAAAAGUAUGCAGGAGGUACAUGGAGAUGAAACUAAAAAGUUGCAGUCGAAAUUCGAGGCAAAGCAACAGGAAAAGAUCGAGUUAGAAAACAAUCAUUCAGCAGCAAAAGCUCAGAUGAGCGCAGAUAUCUCAAUAAAAACUCAUCAACUCAACAAACUCAACAGUGAAUUCGACAAGCAAGCAUUGGAAAUUCAGGAAUUAAGGAAAAGGCUUCAAGAACAGAAGAAGGAGAAUGAAACUCUUGCUGGUCUUUACGAGAGUGAGAGAAAGGCCCGCGAAAAGAGGGAAACGUCUGGCUUUCUACUUGACUUCAUUUGGGAAUAA